AUGGGGUGCUUUGAAUCGAAGGAGAUGAGGGACUGCAGCUUUCAGCACUUCUUCAAGAUGAACGACUGGGAGGGGGGGCUUCCCACCACCAGCGCCGUCGGCAUCGCGUCCCGUGAGCUGAGAGCGUACGACUGGGAUGCGGAGACUUCCAAGUCAAGGCUGGAGGAGGGAGUCCAUGGAAGCUUCGGACGAGCGGUGCAGUUUGUUCGGCCGGAAUCUCUCGCCAUCGUGGACAAGGGGAUCCAGGCAGUGAAGUUGGCGCACAAGAAGCGUGUCCUGCAGGUGCCGGGGGAGUACAAGACCAUCCAAGAAGCGCUGGACUCGGCGAGAGACGGAGAUCUGAUCAGAGUGGAGCCAGGGCGAUACAGGGAGGCGAUCGCUGUCCGGAAGCGAGUGCAGCUGAUCGGAGUGGGGAAGGUGCAGGACGUCGUGAUCGAGAUGCCUGAUGACUUCGUGUGGGGGGCGGCGAGCUCGGCGACUGUGCUGCUGGAAGCGUCUGAGGUUCGAAUGUGCAACCUAACGAUAGUGGGGAGCAGGAAGAGCUGCGCAGUGGACAACAUGUGCGGGGACCUGACUAUGGAGGGGUGUUUGAUCAAGGGAGGGCGGACCGGGAUCCGAAUCAGCAAGUCUGCCUCCUGCCUCCUGCGCUUUUGUGACGUUCAGGAUUGUCACGCCCAUGGCAUCUACGUGUCGAAGCAGGGCUGUGCUACAGUGGAGAAGAGCCACGUUGUCAAGUGCGGUUGCGGUAUCCUCGUCGGGGAUCUCGGAUCUCAGUGCACGGUGUCGGGGUGCGACAUCGACCUCUGCUCGCAGGUCGGAGUGAUGCUCAACACGUCAGCACAGGCGCUCAUCGACGACAACAACAUCACCCGCAACGCCAUCGCGGGGAUCUGCAUGAGCUUCUGCUCCCGCGCCGUCAUCUCCUCCAACAGGGUCUUCCAGAAUCGACAGGUAGGCAUCUGUGUGGUGGAGGAGAGCGUUGCCAACAUCAGCAAGAACGUGGUGACGGGGAACGGAGCGUGGUCGAUCUUCGUGUCUCAGUCCAGCACCAACACCAUCCUCGACAACAACAGCGUCGACUCUCAGUCCUUCGAAUUCUCCAAGGAUGACAUGGAAAGUCCAGUGCCCAGCGAGCUGCUUCAUGCGGCCAGGCACGAGUUCCGCUCAUCCGUUGAGUCUCUCAACGGGGAGCACAAGCUGAACGGAGCGAGCGAGGAGAUGCAGAGGCAGGAGGAGGAGGCGGAUGAGCCCGUGGAGCAAGCAAAGGUCGAGCAAGACAAGGGAGGCCAACCCUCGCACAGAUCUAGCGGACGUCGAGACGCACGAACAGAGCAGGAAGGAGAUUAUUGA